AUUAAUGUUUUAUUUAUGUUUUUAUGUUUUAAAUCAUAUAUAAUACUUUACUUAGUGUAUCUUGCCAGUGCCAAUGGCAAUACCGCAAAUUGCAAAUAUAAUCAGGUAUACUGCCAAUCCGGUCGGAUCCGGCCGGAUUAUAGUAAAUCCGACCGGAUCCGGCCGGAUUCGAAACCAUACCGGAUUGCAAUCCCUAGUUACCAUGGAAACGGCCAGUUUGCUGAUCGCCAGUGUCGUAGUUAGAAGUGCAUUACGUAUCGCAGAGAGUGUUUAACUUAUUGGUUUGAUCGUGUUGGAUAUUUUAUUAAUAGUUUUUAGCUUAGUGUAUUAUUAAGACAUUUAGUGUAUCUCUAGUGCGUUAAGUUAAGUCAUUAGUUAUUUAACAAUAUGCCUCAUAAAAAGAUAGGAAUCAAAGGGCUGGGAUUGAAUAGCCAAGCAAAGGCAAUCAUUUAUAAUGUUACUACAUUUAUGGAACAAGAGGCAGCACAUUUCAAAACAACCGAAAACCUGUUAAUACCUUUAAGUAAAUUGACGGAUAGGAUUCUAGCAGCGACGGGUAUAAGCAAAAACACCUUAACCAAAAUAAGAAAAGAAGGUAGAGACGUAAAUAAAAAUGGAGCGACUAGUUUAUCUUUUAAAAGUCCAAAAAGAAAACGUUGUCGUUCCAAAAAAAUUGAAUUGAGCAGUGGACAAGUGAAAACCAUCAAAAAUAUUAUAUACGACUUCUACACCAUCGAGAAAAGAUCCCUACAAUUAAUGGUAAAUAGUUUAAAAGUUAAAAAACUAUUAGUUAAUGGGAAAUUGAUACCUAUAUUUUUUCUGGUAAAUAAAAUAGAGUAAGUAAAAUUAUAAAACAAUUGUUUGUACCCGUUUAGAACGAAAUAAAAGUUUUUUCGUAAACACACUGAUAUAGAUGCAUUUUUAACAAAAAUGGUAGAUAGAUACAAUUCUUUUACAAUUUUAUUUACUUAAAGUAUAAAAGAAGAUUUACUUUCCAAAUAUUUUAACGAUUUCUAUUUAUUUAAGGUAUCUAUCAAAAACUAAAGAACAAACAAAUGGACUUUCCAGGGUCAAAGGAAACAUUAAGGAAAACGAUAAUUGGAUUAGGCUUUAGGUAACAUAGUAAAAGUAAUUAUUCAGCUUAAAAAAUAAAAUUGUAUAAUGGAUAAUGUAUUUUAAGUUGAUAUUUUGUUGACAUCGUUUUAGUUCAACUUUCUACAAUUUACAGUUAUGAAGAAUGUUUUUUCAAAAGUACCAAGUAUUUAUAAUCGAUAAUUUGUUUAGAUUUCGAUUUCCGAAAAACUUCAAAUUCCGGAAUAGAUAUCUUAGAACCAUCCGAAGAAUCGUAAUUAAAACUUUGUUUAGAAUCAUUGUUUA